UCCUGCAAAUUAGGGGCAAUUGACCUGGAUAGAGUGAGGAACUGAGGGGAGGGGAGUAUCUUUAUUAUUUUCUUUAGAAGUAGAAGAAGCAGCAACAGCACCAUGGAUUGGCGUUUGCGGCAGAGCCGCUACCGCUUCAUCUCUUCAAUGGAGAGCAUUGUGGACAAGUACAACUUUGCCUUUGAAGAUGAUAUAGUUGUCUCUAUCAAAUCACUGACUUAUCAGACACAGGAUGGACCAAGAAUUUGGGGAGAAGAUGAUGAAAUUUUAGAUGUGUCUUAUGAGAACAGUAUACAAUGCCAGGAAAACAUAGUGCAAAAGCAGAAUUCUGAUUUUGAAGAAGACUCUACAGAUGAUCAGACAUUUGAGGAAGGCCAGUUCACCAGCUUAAAUGAAGAGAGUCAACUCAGUCCAGAUAGCAAAGGGAAGGCUGAGUUGGCGUCUGUUAAAUGUCAGUUGGCCAAUAUACAUAUCCAGGCUACAAAACCAAAAAGUAUUUUUCGGUUAUCUCCCUUGCAGCAAAGAAAGAAAUUGGAAAAUAAAUCCUUAAUCGGGUAUGAUACAAUCCAGAGGAAGCAGUUGUCCCCUUUAUCCCUGAGAUCUCCAGAACUGUCCAUUUCUGCUGCUUCACAUUCAGAGCUCGGGAUUAUGCCUAAAAACCAAUCGCUUCUUAAUAAUGGAACUGGCCAGAGUAGCUUUUUAGAAAUGUAUGAAUCUGCAGAUGAAAACUGUUCGUGGAAUAAUGUCACAAUAGCAGAUUUGUAUCCAGGAAUGGUAAAAAAUCUUAGCAGACUGUUCGGUAAAGUAUCCCAAAAAUCUUUUUCAAAUUCAUUAACUGAGCGAUACAAAUACAGAUAUUGUCAUUCUAAAAAAGCAAAAUUUAAUACCAACAAAGAGAAAACAAGAAAGUUCAGAGUACUAAAUCUGACACCUCGUUUCAUUGUUGAAAACAAGAAAUUAUCUAAAGGAAGUAAUGGCGACAGAAGUCCUUUUUACAAUUCAAAGCGUCAGAUACAAUGCUCAGAAAAAAGUAUUUACAGAAUAGAAUCUGCUGGAUCUCAGAACUCAGAUAGAAUGAUAAUAGACUGUUCUGGUAUUGCAGAAGAUUAUUCAUACAGUGAAAGUACUGGAAAACGUGUUACAGAGGAAACUUUUCCCCCUAGAACUCUUUGUGCAGAUAAAACAUUUUUGGUCAAUAAUACAACUUGUUUCCCUUUAUCUUCAAACAAUGUAAAAAAGAAUCAAAGUUUUGAAGAUUUUUCCCAUACAUUUUGCACUGCAGAUUUAGAUACAACAUUUAAUCCAAAAGCAGAAAGAGAAACUGGCGAACUGAGUACUAUGGCAUUCAAAACUACUUCAAGUUUAAGUUUGUCCUUGAACGGCAAAACAAAUUCCAUUUUACAAGGAAGCAAGUCUCCAGUGAAAACCUGUAACAGACUAAAAAAUCAUGAAAUUAAAACUUUCACUGCCACUGUGUCACUACCACGAAGUCAUUCUUUUUCAUCAUUUCAUGUUAACCGAAGUCCAAUUUCUUAUAAACAGAAAUAUGAAGAUGCAUUUGAAAAAUUAUAUAAGGAAUUGUGUUCUCCAAAGCCACAGAAACCAUUUAAGUGUUCAAAUAUAUACGUGAGCCCUAGAAACUCUGCAGACAUACACAUUUCGGGUUUAGAUAAUCUGUCCUCAAAUUUCCCUAAAAAAGCAAACAGUACGAUUGAAGAUCUGUACCAGAAAUUAUGUUCUGAAGGUUUUCCCAAAUUUCCAACAUUUCUAAGAGCAGCAAAUUUAAAAAAAUAUGAAGGAGUACAGAUAUCUGAAACUGUAAAUGCCCUUGUUAAUUCUCCAAUAAGAACUCUGCCUGCUGUUGCCAGAAUUAAAAGAGCGGCACAUUUUCGUAAUGAAGAUUCUCAGUAUUCGCCUUUUAAAAGGUUAAAAAAUAAAUGUAGUAAUUCUUACAAAAUAUAUCAGAAAUUUCCUUGCUGGAAAACCAUUAGAAAUGACGCAGCGUUCACAUUGCAUUCACCUGUUAAAAACAGUUUGGCAUCAAAUACGAAUUAUGGAGGUUCUGUUUCUUCAGGCCAUGGCUUUUUGGCCACUUCAGUUGCUGAUAUGGAAGAGUCUGGGAUUUCAGAUAUGAAUGAAAAUAUUCCCAGGUAUUUGCGGGAUCGUGAGUUUUCAAGAAAGUCACAGAAUUUUAUACCAAAAGUUUCCAGAAAGCUAAGCUAUAAUGAUGGGAGAAUCAGAAGCAGUGAAUUCAUACAGAAGGAUUAUGAGGAAACAUUUCUGGAAGGAUUUGGAGAGGAAAAUGAUAUUUUUUAACAAAAUAUAUUUUAAUCCCAGUAAUUUCUAAACAGAACACAAAUUAAGUGGAAUAUUCCUGAAUUAAGGUAGUAAAAUAUUUUCACCACUUCUUUAACUCUUUAACUCAUCAGCUUUAGCACAGGGCAAUAGACCUAAAAGACUGCAGUGAAAAUGGAGAAAUAACAACUACUAAUAUAGUUCAGCAUUCAUCUCUAUGCAAUUAUUCUAUGUCAUUUGAAAGUUAUGGAGAUAAUGGAAACUGUUUCUAAAAUUCAACAGUUCAUUAAUUGGUUUUUGCCUUCUUGGUGAUUUAUUCAGCUUAAGUGACUAUAAGAAACAUCUUUUGUGGUACUUAAUUUGUUUAAUCUGCACCUCUAGAAAAAGGUUAUUGGAAGUUGGGGCAUAAUCAAGAUUUAAAUGUGUUUUUAUAUAGUGCUUUUAACUUACUAUUCAAUAAGGUCAUGCUUUAGGAAAAAUCUUUAUUUCAUUGAUAAAGAGUAAAUAUGAAAAUAUCCAUUUUUGUAUUUUUAUUUUAUUUUAAAUGUACCUAAUAUUUGAUAUAUAUCUUUGUCUAAUAAACAUUUUAAUAUGUUUGUAUUUUGACUGAGUUUGUUAUAAGUUUGCUUUUGGAAUCUGUAAGGUUGUUAAUUUCACCUAGGAUAAGUCUUUCCUUAUUUUCAUUUGCUUAUCAAUUUUCUAGGCUACCCAAAACUAAGCAUGGAAGGCUUGAUUUAUAGAAAAAACUAUAAAUUAAAAAUAAAAUACAAUAGAUACUGUUAUUUGGGGGUAACAGCAACUAAACUGUUCCCUACUGUUGGGUGUUCUCAGUCAGCAGAGAUGACAAAGGCUCAAUUCUAUAAGGCUGUCUUGUGAAGGAAAGUCAUUUCAAUCUUAUUUUUUUUGCUUUUUGAGAAAAAGUGGGAGAGGAGAAGAAGGAACCUGUGUUGUAGAGGGGACUAGUAGCACAGUGAUAAGGCACUUGGUUCUUAAGUAGUCAAAGAGCAUACUUUCAAUUCGUGUUCACCAUUCCUUCAGGAUUCUUUCUGUCACCUCUAGUAUUCACUGUUUGUGAGAGUGGAGAUUCAUUCUCCAAGCUUGUGGAUUGGCUUCUGAGUGUUUUGUUACCAGACUAAGUAACAUCUUCAGCGGAAUUUAGAGAAUGUCAGUGUUGGUCUUCUGCUACUGUAAUACUACUGUAAUAUACUUUCCUGUUAGUUCUAUAUUCAUCAAUCAAAAAAUGAUAGUUAACUUACUGAACUAUAUAACUAUGAAAGUUAACUGAAGUAACUUUCUAGUCAUAAGAAAUUGCCUUAUUGUUCCAUCCUAUUUAGCACCAGAAGAGGAUUAAGAGAGAAAUCCAGGAGUCCGUGGGUUUAAAUAUGUUACUUUGCUAAAUUAUAUUACUUAUGUUUAUUUAUGUAUUAUGUAUUAUAUGAAUAAAUAACUUGAUUCCUGUUCAAAA